AUGUUCUUCUUCCUGCUCAACCUGGCCCUCAGCGACCUGGGCUCCAUCUGCACCACUGUCCCCAAAGCCAUGCACAAUUCCCUCUGGCACACCACGACCAUCUCCUACACAGGAUGUGCCACACAGGUCUUUUUCUUUCUGUUUUUCAUUGGAUCAGAAUUUUAUAUGCUGACCAUCAUGUGCUACGACCGCUACGUGUCCAUCUGCAAACCCCUGCACUACGGGACCAUCCUGGGCAGCAGAGCUUGUGCCCACAUGGCAGCAGCUGCCUGGGCCAGUGCCUUUCUCAAUGCUCUGCUGCUCACAGCCAAUACAUUUUCCCUGCCCCUAUGUCAUGGCAAUGUCCUGGGCCAAUUCUUCUGUGAAAUCCCACACAUCCUCAAGCUCUCUUGCUCCAAACCGCACCUCAGGAGUCUGUUGCUUCUCGCGGGUAGUGCCUGUUUAUCACUGUGUUGUUUUGUGUUCAUUGUUUUCUCCUAUGUGCAGAUCUUCAGGGCCGUGCUGAGGAUCCCCUCUGAGCAGGGCCGGCACAAAGCCUUUUCCACCUGCCUCCCACACCUGGCUGUGGUCUCUGUGUUCCUCAGCACUGGCAUAUUUGCCUACCUGAAGCCCCCCUCCAUCUCCUCCCCAUCCCUGGAUCUGGCCCUGUCAGUUCUGUACUCAGUGGUGCCUCCAGCCCUGAACCCCCUCAUCUACAGCCUGAGGAAUCAGGAGCUGAAGGCUGCAGUGUGGAGACUGAUUAAUGGAUGCUUUCAGGAACAUGAAACUGCUGGAGAAUUUCUGCAAACCACUCCUAAUAAAAAUAAUCUUUGA